AUGGAAGUUUUGAAGGAGGUGAAGAAGAAGUGCGGAGAAGUGAUCGGCUGCAGAGUGAGAGGUGAGAGGACGUAUGAAGUCACAAUGAAGGACGAGGAGGGGAAGACGAAGCUGAUGAAUGGUCUUCGCGUGAAAGGAGCGCUUGUGCAUGCCAGGGACAUAAUCAGCACCGAUAUGGUGGUGUCCUUCAUUAACCUGCCGGUAUACAUGGAAGACGAUAAGAUUGUAUCACGACUGAAUGAGUGGGGAGUGAGGCAGAUGUCGCCAAUCAAGAGGCGCAUGUGGCCGGGGACGGAGAUCGCUGACGGAACAAGGUUUUUAAAGGUGCGCUUCACUGAGGAGGUGCGCUCACUCCCGUACUCCACCAAGGUUGAGACUCUCAGAGGCACGGAGUAUUUCCGUGUGAUCCACGACAGACAGAUGCGGGUGUGCAGACUUUGCAUAAAACCGGGGCACGUCUUCAGAGAUUGCCCCGAAUUCAAGUGCUUCAGGUGCAAAAAAACCUGUCCGAGACUGAGGAGGAAAGACCGAGGGGGACAGGACAGAGGUGCUCAGAGAAUCAGGGGGACGAUGGAGAGACUGUGCCAAAACAGAGGAGAAGAAUGGAUGGAAGAAGAGAGACGAGAGGGAUCUGAGAAUGAGACAGCAGUGGCUCAGAGACCGACAGCAAAAAGAAAGGCUGUAGGAGACAGAGCGGGAGGAGACAGGAAUAAGGGACCGCGGUCUGGUAAGCCUCUACAGAGCGGCUCACCUUGGCGAAUAUCUGCAGCUGCUGGCAAAGAUGUCAUUCUUCCGUGUCGCCUCACCGCAUCUGUUGACCCCUCACCUGUCCUGGUGGUAGAGUGGUCCCGGGUAGAUGGUCCGUUUCCAGUGACGGUUCAUGUUCUCCGCAACGGCGAAGAACUUGUAAAGGAGAAAGCGCAAGAGUACCUCGGGAGGACGGCCAUAAUGGAGGACGGUUCCCUAAAGUUGCUCGGUGUCCAACGGCGAGACAGCGGCACCUACAGGUGCGUCCUUCUAAGAGGAUCGUCUGUGGAGGAGUUUGUCUCGCUCACUGUUGCUGAGGUGGCCGAGGUGAAAAUAUCUGUCCGUCGCACUUCAGCCAACGAGCUGUUUGUCGUCUGUGAGUCCAGCGGCUGGAGCCCCGAGCCGGUGGUUUCUCUGCUGGACGCCGGCGGAAGCGUCCUGGCUGCUCAGACGGAGUCAUCAGUCCGACCAGAUGACCUCCACUCCGUCAGGGCGCUCGUUAAUGUGGCAGCAGUUAAAGCAGCACUAACAGGAAGUGGUACCGUGAUCUGUAGAGUGGAACUACCUGAAAUGAGCCUGGCAAACGAGAACAAGAUUUAUAUCUCAGAUGAGUUCGAUCCCUUCGAGCCAGGACUUGGUUGUAAUUUCGUGAUGGUCUUCGCCAUCGUGCUGGUUGCCGUCGUCAUAGCUGUCAUGCUCUUUGCGUUUCCUGUAUGGAUGAUCGAGAAGCUGCGAUCUUCACUGCGUUCUUCGCUGCGGCGUCUGACAGAGUUCAGCUUCGAUCUGGUCACUCAGCAGAGAGAGGGAGAACCAGAUGAACGGCUUCUUGGAGGAACAGCAGAGCUGCUGCUUCAGUGGAGACACAGCAGCUUCUACCUGGACUUUGAAUUGUAUCAUUUGUAA